GGAGCGGAGAAGUCGAGUGGGGGUGUAGGGAGAGAUGAGGGUCUGGAGGUAGCUGGGUGCAGUCUGGUCAAGGCAUCUGUAGGCUAGUACAAGAGUCUUGAACUGGAUGCGAGCGGUGAUCGGGAGCCAGUGGAGCGAGCGGAGUAGUGGAGUAGCGUGGGCUAUCUAGUGAGGACACUUGGUCAGGAUAUUUUCUGCUUCUCUGUUCGUCUGUUUGACAGACUGUUUCAAACACGGCUAUUAUCUGAUCGAUAAGAAAACUAUGAAGUGCCGCAGUUUCUGCUUUUUAAAAGGGUAACUCCGCACACAAUCCAGAAAUGAAAACGUUAUGGAGCAGAUGAAGAUGACCUUAAAGAUUGCAAAGAUUCAUAAAACAUGGGUUUUCAGGCUCUUGCUGGUGGCAGUACCAUUCUUUUGCUAUUACUUCACCCAGGAUAUGUUCUUGCAAAGCCAGAUCAGUAGCCAUGACAAGGUGCUGUGCGUGAGCAAGUACACAGCAAAGAAACUCGACGCGCUGGAAGCAAAUUUCACGAUAAAUACCCAGCUGUUUUUGAAACUGGAAGAUUUCUUCUGGAGAAAGUUCCCUUACGGCUUGGCAUUGCCAUAUGGAGUCAAUGGCAGUGAAAUGGUCCUACUGAAAGUUUUAGCGUUUAUUGCCAAAUAUGAGAUGCCAGAACAGAUUCAGAGGUUAACCUGUCGAACGUGUGCUGUGAUAGGGAACGGCUUCACCAUGAAGAACAGCUCCCUGGGAGACACCAUCAAUAAAUACGAUCUUGUGAUCAGGUUGAAUGAUGCGCCAAUCAGGGGCUUCGAGCAAGAUGUGGGUAACAAGACCACUAUAAGGCUGUUCUACCCUGAAUCCGCGUCGACCAAAUCCAUGGAUGAGAACAACCCAGACACCCUCAUGGUCCUCGUGCCCUUCAAGCGUAUUGACAUCAGCUGGCUCAAGGAGCUCCUGUAUGAUGAGAAGAGGGUCACUAAGGGUUUUUGGAAGCCUGUGCCCCAGGUUUGGGUGGGGAACGUGGGCCAGAUCCGCAUCCUGCACCCCCACUACCUGCUUGAGACGGCGGUCAAGCUCCUCAAAAUUCCGCUCAAGCUGCCGCCAAAGAGCAAGCAGAAACCAGUCCACCCGACCACUGGGAUCCUAGCUGUCUUCAUGGCCCUGAACUACUGUGACGUCGUUCACAUCGCGGGGUUCGGGUACCCCAAGACUGCAGACCACAAAGUGCCUAUCCACUACUAUGGCAGCAAUACCAUGAAAUCUAUGAAGGAUUCAUUUCAUGACCUCACAAAGGAAGCGCUGGCUUUGAAGAAGUUGGAAGAAGCUGGAGCAAUUCAGUAUCUUCACCCCCAUUCCUGACAUCGUCCCUUUAAAAACAUAAAAACAACAAUAAUAAUAAUAAUAAUUCACACUGAAGCAGCUGCCAGUCAGAGCUUGCUGGAAUUGUGGAGAGUUAUUGAGUUUUUUUUUUUUUUUUUGUAAUAAGACAUAUAUUCUAUAAAUUAAUUAGUGUACGAGAUUUUGAAAUGACUACCUGUGAUAAUUAGGCAAACUUUGCAAACAUGAUUGCCAGCAAUUUUUUUGUUUGUUUUUUGCUGCCCCCAGCAAGCUAAAUAUUUUAUUUAUUUUAACCCUUUUAUUUUAUUAUUAAAAGCUGGCUAUUGCAUUCCUGUGCCUAAACUAGAUAGUGGUGGGCAUCAUUUCAAACACACAAAAAAAGUAUAAAAAAUAUUUCUUUAGCAUGUGAUAAUGCAACACAGUGAAACUUGCAGAGAGUAUUUCUGAGAGACUAUAGCACAUGAUUCCUGAAAGUGCUUAUCACUGCAGGCAGCCUUCUAUAUCGGGAUGGGCUGCAGUGUUCUUUGUGGGAUAAUGUCAGGAAUACAUAAUCAUGCUUACGCUGCUAACAGGAAACUGGACAUAUCUUGUAAAGUGGUUCUGCAGUCGUUCUUGUGAAAGCCGAAACCACAAGGGAGUGUCUAAGAGAAACGCUUCUCGACGUGAUCAAGAUGGACUUUGGCUGGUGGUGUGUGACAUUUACUGUAAAACACAACUAGCUUAAAAACAACUCAAACCAGGGUACUUUUAGGCUUUAAGAUGACCUAGAACGGGCUAACUGUUAAUGCCUUUUUUAUUGUUUAGCCAAUAUAUUUGAAACCUGUUCGGAAGCAGCUUGUGCAAAUGCACUAAACGAAUCAACAGUGAACCAGCGCAAUGCGUCAUGCCUCAGUGAAGCAUUUAUUCACUCUCAAAGUAGUUCGUCAGGCAGCCAGCAAAACAGCCUAAAAAAAAAAAGAACAAUUCUGAUCACUAUGAUUGGUCAGUCUUGGAGAAGAGGCUCUCCCAAGUGAUAAAAGGCUAGGAAAAUGAACUGUAGUUCAACUUUAAACUGGAACCCAGUGCUAACAGAAGGCCUUCUCAUUUUUGUGCUAAAGAUAUUGUAAGUACUGUUCCUAAAGGUACUAUGUAUACAAUUACUACUGUGUGCAUUUUCAAGAU